CGAACCAAAACCCUCCCCAAACCCUAGCCCCCACCCAUCCAUUGAUGACCGCCGCCGCCGCCGUAGAUGCACAGGCUCUCCCUCCUCCCCGCCGCCGCCGCAGCGACCGCCUUCAUUGACGCCGCCACGGCGCCCUUCCUGCUCCCCUCCUCCUCCAUGCCCUCCCUCCGCCUCGGCUCCCCCGCGCUCCUCGCCGCGCGCCGGGGCCCGCCGCCCUGGCUGCGCUGCGGCGGCGGGGUGAGGAGGGGCGCGUUCCGCACCCUCGAGGCCUCCAGGCGCGCGGACGAUGGGUCGGAGGACGAGAAGCGGGGCGGGGACGGGGCCCGCGCCGUGGCCGAGAGGAGGCUGCGGGGCGUCAGCGCCGUGGCCGGGAGCGGCGAGCUCCUCGCCAUCCCCGGGGUCGGCCCGCGCAACCUCAGGAAGCUCGUCGACAACGGCUUCGAGGGCGUCGCGCAUCUCAAGCAGCUCUACAGGGAUAAGGUGCGUGUUUCCCUGCUUGGAUUGCUGGAAAUGCUACUGCCCAAUACGUGCGUUUCUGUCACGCCCCAAGUUCUUUGGAAAGUCUAGUGAGAAGAUGGUUGAGUUCUUGCAGAGCUCGGUUGGCAUCAUACAUAAGAAUCAUGCUGAGAGUAUCACUUCAUUCAUUAAAGAGAGUGUUGUUGAGGAGUUAGAGGAUACCAGCUCAUCUAAGCCUCCUCAGAAGAAGAGGCUAACCUUUUGUGUGGAAGGAAAUAUCAGUGUUGGAAAGAGCACCUUUCUCCAGAGAAUAGCUAACGAGACUAUUGAACUACGUGAUCUUGUUGAAAUAGUACCUGAACCUGUUGCUAAGUGGCAGGAUGUUGGCCCUGACCACUUCAAUAUACUGGAUGCCUUCUACGCUGAGCCCCAAAGAUAUGCUUACACGUUUCAGAACUACGUGUUUGUGACAAGAGUUAUGCAAGAAAGGGAAUCUUCAGGUGGCAUCAAACCUCUCAGACUAAUGGAAAGAAGUGUUUUCAGUGACAGGAUGGUAUUUGUCCGUGCUGUUCACGAAGCUAACUGGAUGAAUGAGAUGGAGAUCAGCAUAUACGAUUCCUGGUUCGAUCCUGUGGUGUCAUCGCUCCCAGGUCUUAUCCCAGAUGGAUUUAUUUAUCUAAGAGCCAGCCCAGAUACUUGCCAUAAAAGGAUGAUGCUCCGGAAAAGAUCAGAGGAAGGUGGUGUUAGUCUUGACUACUUGCAAGGUUUGCAUGAGAAACAUGAGAGCUGGCUGUUUCCUUCGAAAGGAGGAGGCCGUGGUGUAUUAUCAGUUAGUCAGCUGCCCACACAGAUGGAGGGCAACUUGCCUCCAGGGAUAAGGGAUCGUGUCUUUUACCUGGAAGGUGAUCACAUGCAUUCUAGUAUCCAGAAGGUUCCUGCCCUGGUCUUGGAUUGUGAACCUGACAUUGAUUUCAACAGAGACAUACAAGCGAAACGACAGUAUGCCCAGCAAGUUGCAGAGUUCUUUGAAUUCGUGAACAACAAAAAGGAAGCUCCAUCCGAGCAAACAAGCACUGAGAAGGACCGCAUGAAUCCAAAGAUCAUGUUCCCUAACAAAGGAGGUUUGUGGGUCCCUGAAGGUGUGCUGCCUUUCGCGGGCUCUGCAAUGAAUCUGGAUUUCAGAAGAGCCAUGUCUUCAUACCUCCCAACUUAAGGCCUCAGCUUCGAAAGUACCCGGGCCUGUUUGGUUGAAGGCUAAGAAUGCCAUAAUCAUGCUAACUUUUUGUCGAAAUCGUCUUAUGGCCAAGGAAAAGGAGCCACAAGCAUGACAAGCUUAGCUACAAAGAGCAGUGCCUGUGACAGACGAGCCAUGAGGCUAAGCAGGUUAUGGUAAGCCAUAGUUGUGGUAGGCAACCAAACACAGGACCCUCAGCUCACUGACCUUGUAAAAAUCGCUGAUGCUUUUCACUAGACCUAUUAGCUUUGCCUGAUGCUAGCCGAUGAUGUAGAAUAGUGUGUCCGUAUCCCCAUCUUGUAAAUUGGCGAUCUCGCUGGUAGUUCCACGUUCUGUGGUAGCAGUAGCCUAUGUUUAUCUGAACCAUGGUGAGGACCGAUGUGUGUACCGCAUGUUUUGUUGCUCGCUGCAUUCUGUUCAGAGGAUUCAGAACUACUACUACACCGUUGGCUAAAUGUGCUGUCCACUUGUUUAA